AUGAGCAGCCACGGGGAAUACGAACUGGACAGAAUACUGCUGGACUUGGGUUGCUUUGCCCAGCAUUUCAGACCACAAAGCUUGCAUGAGAUAUGUAGACUGGCAUUGCAGCCUAGAGACCCAUCGGCAAUCAUUGUGGACCAACAGGUGCCAAACGAACCAGAAGAGGAUGCGGAAGAUGAAACGGAUGGCCCUAUUGCAACCCUGGAAGAAGCCUUGGUAAAGCACAAUACCUCUGAGACUCUUCUCCUUCAGCACUUUGAUGAUGAUGCUCAUGAUGAUGCAUCACAAUCUGAAACCAAAACCGAACUUGAACCUGAAACUGAAACUGAAACAGCGAAAGUUGAUCUAGAGGUCAAACAUCUUUGUUUUUCCCAUUGUAGCGUACCCAAAAGUGUUGUCAAAACGAUUGAGCAAUCGGAACUGGAAGUUCUGAUAAUAUGGAACAGCAGACUUGAAACUUUGCCCAAGAUACGGAGUCUGAAGAGUCUAGUGGUCGUGGACAGUUUCAUCCAUCCGAACGAUAUUGCAUGGUUACUGGAAAACUCCAAAUCGCUCGAACGACUCAUUCUCAUUCGGGCAGGAGACAUUCCCAGCAUUGAAAAGAAACAGGGCUACUGCAUCUCGGAAUCCAGCUCUAGAUUCUACAAGUCUCCAGUAUUGUCCCCAUUUUUUCAGGCACUCUUGGAUUCCAAUAUCAAGACUUUGGUCUUGGAACGCAACGUGUUGCCAACCCCUGACUUGGCACACGUGAUUGAAAAACAUGCUCAUCUUGAGGCUGUAUCCUUGCGAAACGUCUCCUUUUCGGACUAUUUCGCGUAUGCGAUUGCCCAAGCGCUCAAGAAUGGAGCCAAGUCUCUGGAACAUUUGGAUAUGAAACAGGUCUACUGGUCACCCAUUGGUGCCUUUCAUAUUUGCAACUCGAUCCGUAUGCACAAGACGAUUAGUCAUUUAGAUCUAUCGGAAACCAUGUGGAACGGGCGACAAUCCAAAUUGGCACUGUACCAAAUGAUCUUGGGGAAUACGUCCUUGCGACAUUUAGAUCUCGGUCGAAUCGCCAGCACGGACUGGUCACCCAGCUCGACCAUGUGCCCCAUAUUCGAGGCACUUCAAUCCAACCAUACAAUCACCUCUAUUUGCCUUACCCGAAAUCGAUUUUGUCCACAUGCUACCUACAUGUUGGACCGUGUGCUUUCGAUGCACCCGUCACUAAAUCGAAUCGAUUUGUCUCAAUGCGCAUUUCCACAGGGGUUUGGGAGAGCUCUCCGGGGAUUGGCGUCCAACUCGACGCUGAAGGAGCUCUCUUUGGAACAUUGCCGCAUUGGUGAUGAGGGUGCCAAUGCUAUUGGAACUGUACUGCAAUCCAAUCAAACGCUCAAGUCUAUUGACUUGUGCCACAAUGGCAUUGGGACCGAUGGGGCCAAGAGUCUGGCAAGGGGGCUAGAAUACAAUCAGACUCUGCACAAUAUAUUUUUGCACGGGAACCAAAUUAACGAGACCAGCGCCGCACAGAUUCGCGACACGGUUCGAGAUCACAAUCACUCACUCCGAGUUGUCUUUUUGCCCAACUCGCAUUUUCAAGAAGAACUCCAAUACUAUGGAAGCAUCAACUAUGCUGGCCGAAAGCAGAUUGGCGACUUGACUCUCAAGCGCCCGCUUUGGCCCACAAUUUUGGAACGCGCCAGCGAUCAUCCAGAUAUGCUCUACUUUUUGCUUCGUCAGAACCCAAACCUAUUUCCUCAGGAAGAAACAACGACGACAAAAGAAGAACGUCCCAACAAGAAGAGACGUCUCGCAAAAUGCUGA